AUGGCGGCCGUGCCACUGAAGCCAUGGAUGGCCGUACCACAAAAGCGACUAGUUGACGCGCGACUGAUAGAUCCCAAGUCUGGGGAUGUACACGAGCAUGUUACGAUAGAUCUAUGGAGUGGUGUGAUUCGCCACAUGUCAAAACUAUCAGGCCAGCCAUCGCCAGGUGAUGAUGCCAUGUCAUGGACUCAGGGCAGCGACAUCGUCGUUGUAAAUCUCGAAGGUCGGUUUGUCAUGCCAGGACUGAUGGAUUGCCAUGUCCACCUCGCAACACCGUCAGGAGAGGAUGGGCUCAAGGAUACUGUCAACCAGGACCCAGACACAUCACUUAUUCGACAACCAUAUCUGGCCCACCAGAUGCUGAAGCGUGGCUUCACCUCCAUCCGCGAUUGUGGAGGUGCUGGACUUGCUCUUGAAGAAGCAUUAGCCGAAGGCCUGUAUCCUGGUCCUCGGCUCUUCACUUCCGGUCAUGGCAUCUCUCAGACUGGUGGCCACGGCGACCUGCGCUCCUCCAAAGAUAACGAGUAUGCCUGUUGCGGAGGUAAUACCCACGGACUUGGUCGCAUUGCCGAUGGAGUGGAACAAUGCUUGCAUGCCGCGCGAGAGGAGCUACGCCAGGGCGCUGACUUCAUCAAGAUCAUGGUCAGCGGGGGUGUGGUCUCGCCCACCGACAAGCUGACGAGUCUGCAAUACACACCUGAGGAGAUCAGGGCGUUCACCAAAGUGGCCAGCGAUUCUGGCACAUGGGUGACUGAGCAUGCGUACAGGCCAGCCGCGAUUCGCAAUGCUGUCGAAAAUGGCGUUCUCGGCAUAGAGCAUGGCAACCUCAUCGAUGAGCCAACUGCGAAGCUCAUGGCCGAGAAGGGUGCAUAUCUGACACCAACUCUGGUCGCCUACGAGACCAUGGCAUCGAAGGACUUUCCUGGCUUUCUUCCUCCCUCCAUCGCCACCGAGAACAUCCAAGUCCUCGAGGCAGGCCUCAAGAGCAUACAGAUUGCGGAUGCCGCCGGAGUGACCAUGUGCUACGGCUCAGAUCUACUCGGUCCUUUACAGAUCAGGCAAACGGGCGAAUUUGUGCUGCGGAGGAAAGCUGGUCUGAGCGCUCUUAAGGUCUUGCAGAGCGCCACCGUCAAUGCGGCGAAGAUGUUGCGGCACGAAGACAAGCUCGGUCGCGUGAAGGAAGGCGCCAUGGCUGAUUUGCUGAUCCUUAACGCAAAUCCGCUUGAGGACAUCAGUGUGCUUGAUCGGCCAGAGCGACACCUGUUGGCAGUAUUCAAAGAUGGCAGAUGCCUUCAUAGCCGCUGGCCGAAGUUUACCCCGGAAAUAGAGCGAGCGGAGUUGAUUGAGUGA